AUGUCUGUUGAACACGAGGAGUGGACUGUUUCAGCUAACGACGCCCUUUUCAUAUCAAUUACCGACGGCGAAAAGGCCACCACCACCCAUCCGUUGUACACCUAUCCGAUUUUCGGAGAGAGUGAACAGAUUUUCGGAUACAAGGACUUGAGAAUCGACCUUGCCUUUGACGGGAAAUCAAUGAAGCCAUUCUUGAAUGUGAGGUACACCGAGAAGCUCGACAAUAUAAAGGACGACGUUAUGGUGAAGAUGCAGGAGUUUUUACCCCCUGAUGAUUUCAUCAAAAGUGACGAAGCUGCAUGGGUUGAUUCCAUUGAGAGUGAGAAUUUCGAUAUUGGCCAAGAGUAUGUUUGUCACUCUUAUACACUCGAUGGAGACGACUAUGAUAUUUAUAAGUUGUCUGUCUUAGACGGUGUUGGAUCGAAGUUGCUGAAACGAAUGCAGAUUUUGGCCUUGUUGUACAUUGAGGGGGCGUCGUAUAUCGAGCCCGAUGAGAGGUGGAAUCUCUAUGUUACGUAUAAGAGGAACGGGGGGCUGGUUUCGUUUGUGACUACUUAUAAGUACUGGCUCCUUAGGGAGAAUCGUAAUGGGGAGUGGAUGUAUAGGGGCCGGAUCUCGCAGGUUGUUGUUAUGCCGCACAUGCAGGGGAAAGGACAUGGUAGCAAGAUCUACGAGGCCAUCAGGGAGGAGUGGGUUUCGGACAACAAGUGUUUUGAGUUUGGAGUUGAAGAUCCGAAUGAGAGUUUUGAGAAGUUGCGGGAUGUCUCUGACAUGUCUUGCGGUGAGCACGAUGUUGGCUUGAUGAAGUUCAGCAAGAGACAGGGAGACAAGAUACGUGAGAUGAGGCUCUUAGAGAGAGGGGAGGAGGAUGCGUUUCGGUUGGCUGUUAAGAAGCGGGUCUAUAGGGCCAACAAGGAAGCCCUUGAGGAGCUAAAUUUGGAGGAGGUCAAGGAGAAGCUCGUUGAUCCGUACGAGAGAAACAAGGCGUAUGUAUUGGAAGUCCUUGAAGAGGUCAAGAAGGUUAAAGCACGGAAUGCCAAGCGUGGGAAUGUAUCUGAGUAG